AUGGGCCCCUCAAAUUCUUCUACCCUUUUAGAAGCUGCCACCCCAACCCUGAGGGGUUUGAGAUCACUGCCUUUCCCACCGCCUUCUCUGCCUUUACGACCUGGGGCUGGGGCUCGCUUCCCUGGGGCAGACAUAGCAGGAGACACGUGCCAGUCAGUGCCGCAAGCAGAGCAGUUGUCAGCCCGGGGUGACUAUCUCAGUCAAGAUGGCGGCCGAGGAAGUGAAUGCCGCCAAGGGGGCGCUGUUCGAAGCGGUGCCUGCUGGGAGGUGAGGGGCGUGGCAGAAAAGAUGGCCACCAUCCAGACUGCAGUCUGUGAGAGUGACUCUGAGACAGGAAUUGGAGGGACUGGGAGGGGCCACGAGCGCUCCUUCCCCUCCCUCUUGCUACGCUUCGGGACCCAGGGCGACCAAUGCUUUUCCUGCUACCCCUCCCGUGGCAAUCCCGCGGGCACCAGAACCGAGGACCUGCUACGUAACCGCGCUCGUGGCUGCCUAGUAACAGCGCCUGAGCGAGGGAAGUGGGCCGAUCUAGGGGCGGGGCUAGAGAGCCGACACGCGCACACGCGAAACGACCGAUCGUCGCCCAAGCGCGCGGUUUCUUACUGUCUUGCUUUGAACUGGGAAAAUUCGCUUUGGGGAGUGAAGAGGGUAGUCAGUGGCCUGACGAUCACGUCUGGUGAGUUAGGCCAGCCUGAAGCCAGCCCCACACAUGCUAGGCUAGACCGGCCGAACCGUGAGAGAAGUGGGGCUAGCGUCCUGGGAGGGGUGAUCCGAAGGGCCGGGGCCCAAGGGCCCAAGUCCUGGAUCCGAAAUGUUCUUGAGCAAAGAACGGACUCACCUCUCCAGUGGAUCACCCCUUCGGAGGUGGUGCCUGUCGCUGUGCUGGCUGUCCAAAGGUACCUGUUAGGGGAUGAGCCACGCGACCGGAUACCGAAACCGCCUCUUUACUGCUUUGAUGUGACGAUCUCCGACAGGGUGUACCAGCAGUGCUACCUGGUCCCCAGCCUAAACGAUCUCGUGUACAAAAAUAUUCUGAAUGUUGGCAUAGAACUGAGAAUUUCCAGAGUCUCGUGUCUUUACAACGAGAGAAGAACAGGCCAGGGGAUCCUGUGCAUAGAUAGCGUCCACUGUGGGAAGACCUUGGACACUCUUUCUUUAGAAACUCCCUUUAGAAAUAGUGCGCACGAGGAGAUACAAAAGAGGCCUUGAAGGGGCGGUAGGAGUCAUUACCUGGCGCUGUGGAAUAAGGAAGACCCGUAUGGAGAUAUCUGGCUAAGGAACAAGCAACCUGAGGAACACAGUUGUUAUGAAAUCUGCCUGAACCCUCGAGAUCCUCCAACUAAUAUAAUUAUCAUUCCAGAAAAGUAGGUGAAACCAGAAUGGAGAUUGCCAAAAUUAAAUCACCACUUCACCACAAGAUCAGAACUGGAUGAUAUGCCAGAAAAUCAUAUCUGUGAUGUUAUUGGCAUUUUAGUUUUUGUAGGAAGGGUUCAGAGGUCAAAGCAGAAAGAAAACUGUGAAGAUUUUUGGUCAUAUGGUUGGAUUCAUACUGCUGAUGGGACUUCAGAACAACCAUUUAUAGUGGAAUUGUUUUCUAUGUCUCAGCCUGAAAUCUCUGAAAAUAUUUACCCAAUGACAGAUUUCAUGUGUACACAGUUGAAAGUUGUCAGAAAUGACACUCAAGUACCUAAACUGCUUUACCUCACCACUACAAAUGAACGUCAGAUAUUUAUUAUUGGUCAUAAAAGCCGUCCAUAUUCCAGCGAUACCAGUAAAAACUUCCUUCAGUGGAGUAAAGAAAAGACUGAUUCCGGAGAAAUGAAGAAUACGAUUAUUGGUGUAUAUUACGUCUAUCCACCAGUGCCGGAAAUAUUUUUGAAAUAUAAGAGUUCUGUUAAAGUUGAGUCACUCUUCACAGCUUUAAAUGAACUGAGGAGUGACAUUGAAGAUUUACAGUAUAGGGAACAAAAGCGCAUUGCAAUUCAGGGGAUAAUUACUGUUAUAAAGUAUGUUCCCACUAACUGUGCUACUGAAAGUGCCUCAGCAUCAGAAACAUUUCGACUGGGGUGCCAGACAAUUAAUAGUAUAUCUCUGAAAGCACUGUGAUCAUAAUUACAAUUGGUACCUUGUACAUUUUAUUCAGAACUCACUUGUAUUGACUCUUAAUGAUGUAAACGUAAGAACAAAAACACUGUUUUUGUUUUUGUUUGUUUUUCUGUUUCUUUUUUUUUUUUUUGAGAGGGCAUCUCUCAUAUUUAUUGAUCAAAUGGUUGUUAACAACAAUAAAAUUCAG